AUGAGAGGUUUUGCUUUCGUUACUUUUGAAAACGAAGAAGAUGCCAAGCGUGCUGUUGACACGUUAGAUAACACUGAUUUUGAAGGUCAACCAUUACAAAUCGAGUUCGCACGUGAAAAGAAGGAAGAUACUAGAGGUCAAUUUAGAGUUAAGGUUACCAAUUUACCAGAUGGUACAGCAUGGCAAGAUUUCAAAGACUUUGUUAGAGACAGAACCGAAUUGGCUCCAACCUUUGCCAAAGUUUUCAGAAAUUACGAUACCGAUGAAGUUAUUGGUGCUUUAGAAUUCGGUUCAGCCGAUGAAUUAGCUACCGCUAUUCCAUUAUUAAACGAAUCCGAAUUCCAAGGUGCUGUUUUAGCAGCUGAAGAAGACACUUCUCCAUUCGUUCCACCUCCACCAAGAAGAGGUGGUUUCAGAGGUGGCCGUGGUGACUUCAGAGGUGGUUUCAGAGGUGGCCGUGGUGACUUCAGAGGUG